AUGCUUUUUCUUUUGUCAUUAAUUUGCUUCUCCUUCAAAGAUUUCAAAUCAAAAGUCACAAAUAUCUUUUCUGGUUCAGGAAAAAAGGAUCAAAUCCAAAUAAGUUAUGAUAUAAAAAGCGAAAUCUUACGAAUUCCAGUUCAAAAAAGAAAUGAAUCAGGAACCUUUACAUUUUACAAGAAUAUCAAUAUAUCUAAUACAGUAGCAUACGUAGAUAUGUGGAGAUCACAUUGGUGCACAUAUUAUAAUGACAGAGAAUUCUUUUUCACUCCUAGAAUUAAUGAAAUGUUACAAAGACUAAGAAAUAUAGGCAUUACAGUUGUUACAAUUUCAUCUUUUGCAGAUAGAUUAUAUGGAGGGUCUCGACAAAGAAAAAGAGGCUUUCAGGCAGUGCGUAAUGGUAUGAUUACUGAGAUCGCUGAUUAUGAAGCUGAUCAAUACCGAUUUCAUCACGUAUAUAUUCCUGGAUUUAAAGAUAUCUGUGUUUAUAAAGAUUUACAACGGUUCGGUGAAACUAGAGAUAACAGAUAUACAUAUAAAAUUGCACUUGCACGCGACGAUUAUUUUGUUCAGAAUUUCGAAGAAGCAGCAGAGUCAUUUGUUGGGCUUAAUAAGAAGACAGUCAUCUUUCUUGGCCAACAUACGAAUAUGUGCUUAAUGGCUGUUAUGUUGUACUGCCAACAAGCAAAUUUAGAUUUGAUUAUUGUUGGAGAUCUUGUUGAUUCGUGUUGGGUAUUUGAAAAGCAAAAGGAUCAUUGUCCUACUCAUACUACUGGAAAUAGAGCUACUAAUAAUUAUUUCGAAACUAAAUUUGGAGUUUCUGUGAAAUCAUAUGACCUGAUCAGAGCUAUCCAGCAAUCAAAUCUUCCACGUAUACAACCUAAAUAUCAAUAUUUUACGAAAACAGCUUGGAUGUUUGAUCAUUUAGACUCACCCCAACAAUUUGUUAAUACGACUGAUACGAAUACUACUCAAGAUGAUAAUUUGACGCAAGAUACCCGAUUAGAACACCUGUAUUAA